AUGUCCUCCUCAGAAAUUACGCCUGUAUCGGAAGUCCUGCCUUCGUCGGAUGCCCCACCGUCACCAGAAGCCCUACCCUCGCCGGAAGCCCUACCCCCACCAGAGGUCUCGUCCUCGCUUGAAGUCACGUCCUCGCUUGAAGUCACGUCCUCGCCUGAAGUCGUCCAAUUCGUCACUACUAUCCGUGAUCAGACAUGCCGAUGUAUUGCUGAACUCUCAGACCAGCAGUUGAUACUCCCGGGAAUACCGCCUAUGAUCACUAAUGGUGAACGACUUUACGAGGCUAAUCUACGUCUCAUUCUGCGUCACUUGAAAUAUGUCAACAAAGUUUGCAAACGUCAAGGCACCCUUGACUCUUCUACCGCGGUCUUGCAGCACCGCGCUGUAAUCAAACAACUUCAUGACAUGGACGGCUGGCCUGCGAAGAUGUCCUUACCCUUCGACAUACCCGAAGGCAUCAAGGAAAUUGCGAAGACAGCCUCUACAGCUGAAGAAUUGAGACAACUAUUGGACGCGUCGUGGCCAUCCAGCAAUACCUGCACCACCGGGAACGACAAAUCCAUCUCAACCGAGUCUCGCAUGAAAGAGAACAUAGUUGUCAAUGAUGGCAUCGCUUUCCACUUCCAGGGAGAGAGCGGUGAGGUUGCCUUGAACCGGUUGCCCACAAGUGAACUUCAGACAUUCCGAUUCAGACACGCAUUAGGUUCGCUUCACGCGAAAUCUUAUGGCAUCGACAAUGUCACACAGGAGAAUCUAGCGACCUCCUUUCCAAUUCGAUGUCAAGAUCUGACGCAUUCCUGCUUCUUGAAGUGGAGCGGUGAGACACUGGAGGAGUUCAUUCGCGGCGUGGAAGUCGAGGAUGUCAAGCUUGACAACAAAUUGAGAUGGCUGGCGCUCCUUCGACAACCUGAAGCCAUUGCAUUCCUCGGCAGGUGGCCUUCUCCAACAAAAUUGAAAGCUUUCAUGCAUAUACACCGUCUUGAGUGGGUCGUUCGAGUACGCGGCAGGUGGGACUGGGAGAUUAAGAUUGCCGACGCUCAGAAGUCUGCUAACCAGCACAUCAUCAGAGUCGGGCCUCCCUCUGCCAUGACUGAGCCUUCCAUCGAGAGCGAUGCUGACAGUGGUAUGGAUCAAGAUGGUUUUACCAACCUUCGGGCGAAGGACCAUGCUGAGGGACAUGAUAAGAACACGCUCCUCGAAUCUGUCAGUGUUGAUGAGAAGGCUACCGCCGACAAGACUUCCAGCGAACAACUUGUUUCUGGUAUCUCAGACAUGAACGGGACUUCGAGGGGACAUUUCGUUGCAACGGAACCUUCUGUCACAGCCUCUGACACUCCCUCCUGGUCUGUCACGGCGAUCCUUACUGGCGCUGCCACCUCAGCAACAAUCGUUUCCAUAUUUUGCCCAGCUCUUGCGGCUGUGUUGCUCUAUUUUGGCAUAUCGUGGGCCAAGUCCAGGCUCUACCGAUGA